AAUCGAGUGGUUGUCCUUUAUAAAACAAGCUGCGGCGACUGAUACUCAGUCCACAUCCAACCAGCAGUUGAUGCAGGUGUGUUUUCCUGUGUGAGAGUGAAUCAGUGAUAAGACUUGCUUCAUAUACAAAUAUAAGAACGACGUGAGCUCCCCCCCCACCCCCAUCACACCAUCGGUAAGGGGCACCUGACCAAGUCAUUCUACUUGGUAAAUACAACUUUACUACUGGCCACCAACAUGGUCGCUCCGUACUUCGAGGGUAACCUGACGCGGUCCUUGGUUCGUAUCCCCAACAGUAGGGCGAAUAGAAGUCUUGAAUCUGUCAUCACUGACUUGUCUCGAGUGUCCUCUCUGGCGGCCAUGGUGCCUAUACCCCGCACACUACCUGCUGCUCUCCACCAGCGCCAACCUCCACAAGUUGAGUUCAUUAUUCCUGAAGGUAAAGCAGCUCCAUCAACUGCGUCAUCAUCCACAAUUGCGGCCAACGCUUCGCCCCCAUCAGCGAGGCCCAACAUUGAAAGUACUCCCGUUGCACCAUCAGUAAUGAGGACUGCGUAUACAAAUAUCAACAUCCCAACUACCAGUAAUAAACGUCCUGUACCUCAGACAUCCCCAGGAGCCACGUCAGGUACUGGUGGCUCUCCGCCCACCAAAAGGGCUCGAGCUGUGCAAGAAACCCAGAUGAACUCUUCUCAAGCUUCAGGAUUCAGCGGACCACUGGUAGUGAUGCCAGUUUACAAUAUUCCCUUGCAACAAGGUGUCGCGGUGACCUAUUGUUCGCCCCAGGACUUACUGCAAGAGAGGAACCAACUACGAAAUCAAAAUUUGGCUCUGAAACAGCGCCUUUCUCUAUUUCAACAGCUUUUCCGCAACAAGGAAAGGCUCACCUCUGUCGUCAGGACUCUUGGCAUUCAGGUUCAGUGAGAAUUUCUCGUAAUCGAUCAUGUGCGGUACAUGUUCGUGUUACUGAGAAAUAAGUAGCUAGAUCUUAUCUCCCAGAUCACUAUAAUCCAUAUGGACCACACUCCACCCUGGUCCUCCCAUAAUUCUUCCCCAUAAGUGCCGUUAUAACCAGGUGCCUCAAAACUUCCUUUUUACCUUAUUUAUAGCUUCCAGUAAUUAGAUCAUCAUAUUACACACAAUUGUCUUGAAAGAAAGGAAGCAUAGUAGCAUAGAGAAGUAUUGUGCUAUAGUUCAUGCUGUGGAGGGUUUGUUUCCUUCCAACAUGUAAUGAUAAAGUUAAUAUUGAUUUAAAUUUGUAUUUAAUGCAAUCCAGCUAUUAUACUGGUUAGACUUUGUAUUUGUUCCAAGUAGUUAUUACUCGUUUGUAACAAAUACCUUUAUAAACUAAUUGUAUCUGUAUAACACGGUAAUUAGAUACAUUUAUAUUUUUCCCCCCAGGAUUAUAUCCUACAACAAUGUAACAGUUUAACGUGUGAUUAUUAGUACAAGAUUAUGUCUUUCCUAUGAAUAAAUGUCUCUGAGAAACUAAGUGUUAUUCAUCUUUAAGACAUCUUAAGUUAUACAAAUAUAAAGAUGAAUAAUUGUAGUUGUUCAUAAAGACUUGUGCAGCUUUUUCUUUCAGGGAAUAAGAAUAUCAAUAUUAUUUAUACAAAGAAAUAUACACUAUUUUGUGCAGACUAUCAAUAAAAGCAAAAGAAAAUA